AUAGCUGCCUGCAGCAGGUGUACUAUAUUCAUAUGCCAUUAUCAACAUAUAAAUUUCACUGUUCGGUCGUUUUUGAUCGCACAACGAUACAAUAAUUCAGAACAUACUGCGUAGUACGUUUUUGUCAGAGCAAGAAGACGACGGAUCUCGUUUGAGAGGAAUUUGAUUAAUUAGUUUUUUUAUUUUUACACCUAUAUUAGGUAAAAUCGAGUAUUCUAGUAUUCACACCUCGUCUCAUAGUCGCUAUCCUUGCCCGCCAGCAUCAUGAAGAUCGCUGUGGUUUUAUGUUUUGCUGUCUGUGCUAUCAGCAAUGUUUAUUCGUAUAAUUUAAAUUUAAACGAAGUGAUUGAAGAAGAAUGGAAUUUGUUCAAGGCCCAAUUUAAGAAAAUCUACAACGAUAUUGUCGAAGAAGGAUUACGCAGGAAAAUCUAUUUGGAUAACAAAUUGAAAAUCGCCAGACACAAUCAACUGUACGAAAGCGGCGAAGAAACGUACCAGUUGGAAAUGAAUCAUUUCGGUGAUUUGUUGCAACACGAGUACGCUUCGAUGGUGAACGGAUUCAAAGGCAAACUCGUCAGAGGAGCUCGUAAUUAUUCCGACGAAGACGCCGUGACUUUCUUGAAAGCAGAAAACGUUGUCCUCCCGCCGGCCGUCGAUUGGAGAAAGAAAGGUUAUGUCACUCCGAUCAAAAACCAAGGACAGUGUGGAUCCUGUUGGUCUUUCAGUGCUACUGGCUCGCUAGAAGGUCAACAUUUCCGUAAAACCGGUGUAUUGGUCUCGCUCAGCGAACAGAACUUGAUCGACUGCUCGACCAAGUACGGCAACAACGGCUGCGAAGGUGGUCUCAUGGAUCUGGCUUUUAAGUACAUCAAAGCCAACAAAGGUCUCGAUACCGAGAAAUCUUAUCCUUACGAAGCCGAAGACGACAAGUGUCGUUACAAUCCCAAAAAUGCCGCCGCCACCGACAAAGGUUUCGUGGACAUUCCCGAAGGCGACGAAGAAAGUCUGAUGAACGCUUUGGCCACUGUGGGUCCGAUUUCCGUCGCCAUCGACGCUUCGUCCGAGAAAUUCCAGUUCUACAAGAAAGGAGUUUACUACAAUCCGCGUUGCAGCUCGGAACAGUUGGACCACGGAGUGCUGGCCGUUGGUUACGGUACCGACAGCAAGGGAGGAGACUAUUGGAUCGUCAAGAAUUCUUGGGGCACGGUCUGGGGCGACCAAGGCUACGUUUUGAUGGCUCGUAAUAAGAGUAACAACUGCGGUAUCGCUUCCAGUGCCAGCUAUCCUCUCGUUUAAUUUACCUUACUUUAUGAUUUAUAUUUUAAUUUUUUUCCUUUCUUAAUUUUUACUCUAUUUGACUUAUCUCUGCAUCUUUGUUCCGUUUGUCCAAAUGUGUGUUCUUGUAAAUCAAAAAUAUCGUCUUUAAGCACAGUUAUAGCUGUUAUUUCAGUCAUUCUAGACAAAACAUUUAAUUUAAUUACUUAAAACUAUACUACACAUGCCAAUUCUCCUCUAGCUACAUUCCAUAGUUGUAUUUAUUCUUGUAUACUUUGUGGGUAAUUGUUUUCUUUAAAACUCCAAGGCUUCUAGGGGGGGGGGGGUACACAAUGUGUGUUAAGUGCCGUAUAUUUUGUGAUAUUAGCAAUGACCGUGGCCAAUCUUAAAAUACACCAAAAAAAUUAAAAAACUAGCUGUUAAUUUUUAUUUUUAAGUACAUUUAAAAUUAUAUUCCAAAAAACCUGUAUUUCAAGUUCCAUUUUUUUUACAUUUCCAAUAUUGAUAAUAUAUAUAUAUAUUUUUUAUUUAAGUGCUUUUAUUUUACAAUAUUAUUGAUAAUAUUCUACUAUCGAUUUGAUAUUAGUUUUGAAAUAUAUUUGUGUUUUAAUGAUAUUAACUAGUUUAAGUAUUAAAAAGGCGUAUUAUAAACUUGAUUAAGUUUACGACUUAUGUAAUGUACACAAUAAUUAUAUAGUAUAUAUAUAUUAUUACUAUAUUAAUAGACUCGUACGUAUACAUGUAUCUCUAUAAUAUAAGAUGCGUUCUAUGUAAGUGUUAUUGUACAACUCGAUGCUUGGCUAUAGCCAAGCUGAUAUUAUAAUGUGAUUGUCUUGUGUCUAAUAAAAACAUAAUUUCACUAUUGC